AUGACUGUUGACUUACAUGCAGAGUUCCCAACUCCUCUAAACCCACGGGGUACAGACUCCCAACCUGUCACAAUUGGAGCACUAAAGGAGCUGCUCACUGGCCUCCAACAGACUAUCCAAGCCGAUGUGACCUCCCUCUGUGUAGACAUUACAGGCAUGGUGAGCAGGCUGAGCACUCUGGAGUCCUCCUCGGACAGUCAAACAAGGAGAAUAGCCGCACUGGAGAACUUAGUAAAAGGCCUACAGCAGCAGCAAGCACUGACCAAGCAGAGAUUUGCCUCCCUAGACGAUCAGAGGAGGUGCAAGAAUCACAAAGUAUGGGGCAUACCUGAAGAAAUACCAGCGGCGGAGCUCCCCAUCUGGUGA